GGGAUGAAGGAUCCGCGUAUCGGACUGCGAAACAUCCAAAGCAACAAAGUGAUCGUACCUCCGGACUAUGGUAACAAUGCAAACAAACCCAUUCCGUCUACGCGUGGCGGAGACUUGACCACAACUUCUUUAUCCUAUGAAGAGUUGAAAGCGAAGCUCCUUAAGGAAGGUCGGUUAUUCGAAGACCCUGAUUUUCCCGCCAACGAUAGUAGUCUAUUCUACAGUCAGCGACCUCCUAGGCAAAUUCAGUGGUUACGUCCUUCAGAAAUCUGUUCAAACCCGGAAUUUAUCACUGGUGGUGCAUCGAGAUUUGAUGUACGUCAGGGAGAAUUGGGUGAUUGUUGGCUUCUGGCCGCCAUUGCCUGUCUUUCGAUGCACGAGAAACUUUUUGCUCAAAUUGUGCCUGACGAUCAGGGUUUUGGACCGGGUUAUUGUGGUCUCUUCCGGUUCAAUUUUUGGCGCUUCGGAGAAUGGAAGGAGGUGGUUGUGGACGAUCGACUACCCACUGUUCGUGGCUCCCUCGUAUACAUUCAUUCCACGGAAAAAAAUGAAUUCUGGUCAGCGUUGAUGGAAAAAGCCUAUGCCAAGCUUUGUGGAUCUUACGAAGCUUUGAAAGGAGGCACUACUAGUGAGGCUUUAGAGGACUUCACUGGUGGUAUAGCAGAAAUGUUUGAAUUGCGCCAGAAGGCCCCACCCGAACUGUUUCAGGUUAUGCUGAAGAGUCAAGAACGCUCUUCCUUGAUGGCCUGUUCCAUUCAGGCAGACCCUAACCGGUACGAGGCUGAACUGCCAAACGGCCUAAUCAUGGGUCAUGCCUAUUCAGUGACUUCGGUGAAAUUGCUGGAUAUAUCCCUUCCUGGAAGAUCGGGACAGAUCCCUUUGGUUCGUGUUCGUAAUCCGUGGGGUAAUGAAGCCGAGUGGAAGGGUGCUUGGAGUGAUAAAUCCCGUGAAUGGCAACUCAUUUCCCCGGAUGUUCGUCAGCAGUUGGGCCUCACAUUUGAUGACGAUGGUGAAUUUUGGAUGUCAUUCGAAGAUUUUAAAAACAAUUUCGAGAAACUGGAAAUAUGCCACUUGGGGCCGCAGUCGUUCAGUGCUGAACAACAUGGGCAUCAACACGUCUGGGAAAUGUGUAUCGAGCAUGGGUCAUGGCAGAGACGCGUUUCAGCUGGUGGCUGUCGGAAUUACUUGGAAACCUUCUGGAUCAAUCCUCAGUUCCGUGUAACGGUUGCCGAUCCACAUGAAGGCAAUGAAGGCACCAUGAUUGUGGGUUUAAUGCAGAAGGACCGUCGAAAGCUACGUGCUGAGGGAGAAGACUUGUUGACCAUUGGAUACGCCAUUUAUGAGGUUUCUUACCAACAAGGAACUUUGGGACUGAAUUUCUUCAAAUAUAAUGCGUCUAAAGCUCGAAGCCCUGCGUUCAUCAAUCUUCGUGAAGUGUGCGGUCGUCAUAAACUGAAGCCUGGUCAUUACGUUAUCGUACCAUCUACUUUCCAACCAAAUGAAGAGGCAGACUUCAUGCUGCGAAUAUUCUCCGAGCAACCACAAAAGGCCGAGUUUUUCCUGAAAAUCGAUGGCACGUGCCCAAAAGUUAGCAUUGUCCAGUUCACUUGCCUAUUUGCUAUUUCCUCUUAUACGGGUUAUCGCGGCAUUGUCGGCUAUAAAGAAUAA